AUAACACGCUUAUGGUGUAGUCCAAGUCCAUAGGGAAACAAGAAGCUGCCAUGGCUAAUGCUACACCCUUCACUGCUUUCCUUUUGGUCUGUCUCCUGUGUCUUUCUUCUUACUUUUCUGUCUCAAAAGCAGACAACUCUGCUCUUCCUAUAGUGAGUGGUCUGUCAUGGACAUUCUACCAAAAAUCAUGCCCCAAAGUUGAAUCCAUCAUUAGAAAACAACUGCAGAAGGUUUUCAAGAAGGAUAUAGGCCAAGCUGCUGCCUUGCUUCGUCUCCAUUUCCAUGACUGCUUUGUUCAGGGGUGUGAUGCAUCGGUGCUGCUGGAUGGAUCAGCAAGUGGGCCAAGCGAACAGGAUGCUCCGCCGAACCUGACGUUGAGAGGAUUCAAAAUAAUAAAUGACUUGCGUGCACUUGUCCACAAGGAGUGUGGAAGAGUCGUCUCUUGUGCUGAUAUCGCUGCUCUUGCUGCUCGUGACUCUGUGUACCUGUCUGGAGGUCCGGACUAUGAUGUGCCAUUGGGAAGGCGAGAUGGACUGUCCUUCGCCACAAGAGACGCAACAUUGCAGAACUUGCCGCCACCCUUCGCCAAUGCCGACACCAUCCUAUCCAGCCUCGCCACCAAAAACUUCAACCCGACCGACGUGGUAGCCCUCUCAGGUGGCCACACCAUCGGCAUCAGCCAUUGCGGCUCAUUCACCGAGCGCCUUUACCCUGAUCAAGACCCCACCAUGGACCAAACCUUCGCCAAAAAUCUCAGGAGAGUCUGUCCUACAGAAGAUUCCUCAAACACCACAGUGUUGGACAUUCGGACCCCGAACAAAUUCGACAACAAGUACUACGUCGAUCUGAUGAACCGGCAGGGGCUGUUCACAUCGGACCAAGACCUGUACACUAAUGGUAAAACAAGGAGCAUCGUUACUAGCUUUGCUGUUAACCAGACUCUCUUCUUCGAGAAAUUUGUGGUGGCCAUGGUGAAGAUGAGCCAGUUGAGUGUGUUAACCGGUAAGACCGGGGAAAUUCGUGCCAAUUGCUCCGUGAGGAAUGCCAAUAACAGGUCGUUCUUGACGUCUGUGGUUGAAGAGGAAGCUAGGGCCGAGUAUUAAGGACUUACAACUGACACUUUAACUAUGUUUUUGCAUCAUGUGUUCUGCGUUGUAUGCUUUUUGGUGUGUUUGAUGAAGUUGGGGUUUGUAUCCAGUGUUAACUUCUAAUAAACGUGUGUCCAAAACCAGAGCUUAAGUUGAUAUCAGCCAUGGAAUUAGCUCGUGAUCGAGUUGUAGGGAGAAUGAAACUGAAACAUGGUUUAAGCACGUGGUUUUAC